CAUGUGCACUGUGGUCCUGUGAACAGCUGGGAAUUCGGACAACCUUCAACCAAACCGGUCUGUCAUUAAUAAUACUGUUUCCAAUCACGUUCUGCAUGUGUUUAUCUGUACAUUCUAGUUUGCGCGCGUAUUGCUUUAUUGGUGAAUAUGGAAAGCGAUGUCUCUAGUUUUAUCGACACGACAUACAGUGUUGACCUCAAUAUAGCCAAGUACAUUCGGGAUAGAAAGGACGAGGAGAAAAAAUCCGAAGAAGAAUGGGAAAUUACAAGGAAAAAUAUUUUCGAAGAGUUCGUGAAAAAUGUGGGAGAAAAAUUCUUCUCCAGCUUCGACGGCUUACAUUUCUACAUUUUCACGUCGAAGAAGAUAAAAUUCGGUUUCAAUCCUUCUGAGGUGGCUCACGUUUGGAAGAGAGUGAAGUUCAUUUGCAUCUUGAAACACACAGGCAAAUAUUGGACUAUCGGAAGGAACACAAUACCUGCAAAUUGGAAAGAGAGAAUUUCCGAUUUGUUCUACAAGGCUAAAUCUGUCAUGGACGACGAUAUCGUGGAGACAAUAAUAGAAAUGCAUUCCAUUUUCAUGGAUUGGGCUGAGGAACAUGCUUGGUUUUGUAGAAGAAAGAUUGAGAGAUAUAGAAACGGAGAAAUAGACUUUUUCGAUUUGGAUUCAGAAGACGAAGAAUUAUAUUUGAGUCCCCAGGAGAAGAGAGAGCUCAAGGAGAAACGGGAAAAAAUUUUAAACAGAAUGGUCGCGCCCGAAAUUCCAAAGAAGAAGAAAAGGACGAGAAGAGUCGUUGAAGAGCGCGAUUACGGUGGUUUUGAACCGUUUCCAGAUUUGGGAAUUGAUUGAUACCUGGAAAUUAUGUUUUAUUGUUGACCCUUUAUGGAUUCCUUCUAUAUUACUUUCUGCUGUAUAUUACGAUUUAUAUCCAUGUAUUUAUGAUGUUUCAGAGCUUAAGGUUUCUCAUUCAUCUACCUAUUAUUAUUAUUUAUGUGAAUAUUGUUAUUCUUAUUGAGAAUUUUAUUUUUAUUUUAUUGGAAAUGAAAGUUGAAUAUAUAUACUUUGUUUAUUA